GCGCAACUUCGUGUGAAAUGGAACUCUCUGCCACUUGUUUAGAUUAUUGAUUAAAACUAGAUAGUUAUAUAUUUGAUAAAGUCGCAGCUGGAUUGUAAUAUCUACUGAUUCUAACAAUCGGGGUGAAAGGUAGAGUGGCCCAGUUUUGAUCUUGGAUCUCUGAUUUGAUUUUUAUAAUCGUGAAUGUCCAUUAUUCAAGCUGGCUCGAAUACAAAGGACAAAAAAUAAAAGAAUGUAGCCGAUUCAUGUGGGAAUAUCGUCUGAAAAAAAAAAAACGAGAAAGUAGAAUAAACGAGGCCUGGAGAUAGGUAAACCAGGGUUAGCGUCCUGGAAAACCUGGAGAAGUUAUUGAAUUUUGAUCGUCCUGGAAUUUUUAUUCUUUUAAAGGAAAAGUAGGUUUUUAAACUUGUUCUCUCCUGCAUGACAAAAGACUGCUGAACCGUUUUUUGUAUUUUAGGGAUGGCAGACGCAGAUCCACAAUUAAAGCGUCUUUUGCUCCCCGAUGAGGAAACAACAUUUGAACAAUUUAUAAGAUAUGGAUUAUAUAUCGCAGCUAUUUUCCAAGUGGUAUGCUUAGCAUCUUUAGCAUUUUAUCCAUCGGGAUCUUCUGAUGGAGUUGCUACUCUAAAGGAUGAUCAGAGCGAUGUUGAAUGUUCCGAAAAUAGUCCACAAGUUACUCCCAGAAGGCCUCAUCGACCCAGAAAACAGGAGAAAAAGAAAAGACGUUAAAUUAUUUUAAAACUUCAUUACGACAAUAUUUAAUAAUAUGACUGAUCAUUACAUUCCACUGUACAAUACUCGUAAUUUAUUUUGUACGUUUUUAGAUAUUUUGUAUUUCUUUUUGUAAUAAAUGUCACCUAUCUCGUUA